AUGAAUUUUGAAAACAGAUGGGUAUUGAGAUCCGCUCUGAACUUCGCAAGUGAUAGAGAAGUAGUCAGAGAAGUAGGUAGAGAGUUCCAGAGAAAAGGACAAGAAAAAGCAAAAGUAGAUGUGGCAAAAGAGUGUUUAACACGAGUUAAGAAAAAGCGAGAACAAGAAGACGAUCGUAAACCGGGGCAUUUAGGUUCAAUUAAUAUAUCUGAUAAAUACUUAGGAAAUAAUUUAGAUCGAGACUUAUACAUGAAAGUGCAAAUUUUAAAAAUUAUUAGAGAGACAUCAAGAGUUUUAGAAUCAGAAAGAUUAAGUUUAAGACACAUAGAGUCAGACCAAGCAAUAAUUGAAGAAAGACAUAGAGAUAGAUUAUGA